AGACUUGCAGUGUCAGCACAGCACUUAUCCGCUUAUCAGUUCAGUAAGUUCGGCGCCUUACGUUUCGUAUCAUCACAAUCCCAACAAUGCCGGCCCUUUCAGCUUCUUCUUCCGCCACCUUCUCCUCCCCUCUCCGCCUCAGCUUCCCCACUACCACUCAGGGGGGUUUGAAGGCUUCCAAUUUGAAGAUGGUUUCAAUGGGUUGGCCCAAAACCGCCUUCCCUUCUUUGAAAACCUCCCGGUUCCGUGUUUCCUGUGCGGCCAAGCCCGAGACUGUUCAGAAGGUUUGUGAUAUUGUGAGGAAGCAACUGGCAUUGUCUGAUGAGACUCCGCUCACUCCAGGGUCCAAGUUCUCUGAUCUUGGUGCUGAUUCUCUUGAUACGGUGGAAAUAGUAAUGGGUUUGGAGGAAGAAUUUGGAAUCAGUGUAGAAGAGGAUAGCUCUCAGAACAUAUCCACGGUUCAAGAAGCUGCGGAUAUGAUAGAGAAGCUGGUGCAAGGAGCCAAGCCUGAAGCUUAGACAAAGAGCCUUCGAUUCAACGCAUGGAGAUCAAAGUUUUUGAAGUUGUAGGCUAGGGAGUCAUAGAGCCAUGUAAUAUGUAUUGAGUUUGUGCAAUUUAUAUGUAUAAUUCUUUAGCUAUUUCGAUUGGGCUUGGUACGCGUCUUCUUUAACUCAUUUGUUAUGCAAUUGGGACCAAAUGGUGACUUGUUUGAGGCAAAUGCGCAUGGAAUUGUAUUGGAAUGCCACUUCUUAUUUGACUGAAUAAUCUAGUUCCCCUUGUUCUCUAUUA